ACAAAACGAGCACCAGACGAAAAAGGAAUGAAAAUAUUUUGAUUACGAAGUUCGUCCAUUGUGUGUUGGAAGCGCGAACAAAACUAGUGAAAAACACUCCCAUUUUGAGUAUUGUGCAGCAGAAAAUCUCAUUAUGGUGUGAACAGUCGCUAAUUGGAACCGCCAAGUCGUGAAAUUCGAACCAGUGAAUAGUGCAAGUGGGUGCAAUUCCAGUUGCUCCGAUUUCGAAGGGCAUUCGUCAUCGCAUCGCAUCGGAGGAAAGGAGGAAGCAGCUGGUGGCGUGACUAAUAAAUUUCGCCUUUGCCUAGGAAGGUGUCAUCAGCGUACGCUAGCUAACAAACUAGUGGAACACGGAACUAUCAAACGCAUCGAAACAAUGGACAACGAAAAUGAAAACGCAUACGAGGAAAUCUUCAUUCAACAUGGAGUCACACUGAAAAAGGCCAGUGCAAACUACAUUUCGGCACUGAACACGGUCGGGGUGCUGCUGUUUGGCAAGUAUAAGAAGGGAAAUGUCCACUACUUUGAGUGGAAGAUGUCGGAGACGUGCGAAAUCGUGGACACCGACAGCCAGGACAGCGAUUGGUCUCUGGUGCACACAACGGCCACUCCCGACGGCAAAUCCUCGGAUGAUUCCGGCAGCUCGGAAAACGAUUCCCAGAAGAACGCCAAAAUCACCAUCAGGGUGUUCUUCCGGGAGCUACGAGGCAUCGAAUUCCACAACACGGAACUCCGCCUAUACAAUCAGGAUGCGAACAACAAACUCGUCGUUCACAGUGUUUACCUCUUCAAUCAUGUCUCGCCUGUCGGUUUCGUGGAUUUCCUGGAGCGGAAGCGAUUAAUACGCCGGAGUUCCCGCCGGAAGUAUUUCUACCACUGCUUGGAGGAAACCGACAGCGACAAACUGCAGAAAUCCUUCUCUGAGCUCAACAUAGAGGACAUUACCAGCCGGCCACGGGCCACCAACCCCUACUACGAAUUGGUGUCCCGAUUUGCCGGAGUCCACCAGCAGUUUAUGCCUUCGAGCAGACGAGCGGAAGCGGUGCGGACGCGACCGUCUCCUCCGAAACAGCAGGAGGAGGACGAGGCAGCCGGAAACAGUGAGCCCCAGGACGGGGCUAGCAACAGUCAGAAUAGCAACGAGGCGGAAUGUAGAAAAUUGGCACCCAGGCCGGAUGUGCAUCGGGCCGAGCCGUUAGAUGCUAAAAAGUGGGCAGAGUUCCGAGCAGCUGAUGGAUCCAUCACCGAACCGAAUCGGGUUAAGGAGAUUAUCUUCCGAGGGGGUAUCUGCAACGACAUCCGACCCGAGGUUUGGAAGUACCUGCUCGGAUUAGAACUCUGGGAGCACACCAAUGCCGAACGGGUGGAACAUCGAACCAGGAAAACCGAAGAAUACUGCCUGAUGAAGUUCCAGUGGGAAUCGAUCACCCCGAUUCAGGAGAGCAACUUCACCGGUUACCGGGAACGAAAGUGUCAAAUCGAAAAGGACGUAAAACGAACGGAUAGGGCCUAUGAUUUUUUCGCAGGCGAUGAUAACCCGAAUCUAGCCAAGCUGCAGGCUAUUUUGAUGACUUAUGUGAUGUACAACUUUGACUUGGGUUAUGUCCAAGGAAUGAGCGACCUGCUGGCGCCGAUUUUGUGCCUGAUGCAGAACGAGGCGGAUAGCUUCUGGUGCUUUGUCGGAUUUAUGCAGAAAGUUUUCAGCAAUUUCGAUAUCGAUCAAAAGGGAAUGAAACAACAGUUGGAAUGCCUUCGGACGUUGUUGGCCUUCGUCAACGAGAAGCUCUACAAAUACUUGACGGACAAUCAGUCGGAGAACAUGUACUUCUGCUUCCGGUGGCUGUUGGUAUGGUUCAAGCGGGAAUUCACCAACUCGGACAUUAUGCUGCUGUGGGAAGUUCUGUGGACUGACUUACCCUGUCCGAACUUCCAUCUUUUCAUCUGCGUGGCCAUCCUGGAUCAGGAGAUGGACGUCUUCAUCGACGGACAGUUCACAUUCACCGAGAUCCUCAAACACGUCAACGAACUAUCUGGCCGACUGCAUGUGACGGCCAUCCUAGAGCAGGCCGAAAGCAUCUACCUCCAGGUCAAGAACACACUAGAGGAGUCCAAGGAACCACUGGUAGAGCUGCGCAAGAUCAUCGGAGAGGAAGUGAGCCCGGAUGGGGCUGGGGCGAGUACCGGUAGCGAAGAGGAAGACGACAGCUGUAUGUCCAUUGUGGGCGAGAAAUCUUCGUCGGAAGAACAGGAACUGGCGAUGCAGCGGAAGGUUGACGAGGCAUGUGAUUUAUCGCUGAGCUUUGCGUUUUUCUAGGCUCGUAAGUGUACGUAUAUGUAGAGGUUUUUUUCGGGGAAAUUUUCUUAACAUGUUUGUUUCUAGAAAUUCAAACUGAAAUGACGCUAUUAAAAGGAUAAUAAUAUCGGCAGUUGUAAAAAUGUGUUUAUAUAAUCGUACUUCUACCUUUUUAGGUUACAUUUAAAACUACUUCUUUGCAAACUUUGUACAAUUUCGUAGAAUAAACAUGAUUAUUCAGUUGUAACAA